AUGGGACAUGCUAGAAAUGCCAGAAUAAACAAGAAGGACAUUCUAAUGAAACACAUAAAUAAGAAGUAAUUAGUUCUGAUUCUGAUCCUGAAUAUAAGGAGGAUGAUGAAAAACAGCCUUGUAAGAAAUAUGGUUUAAUUAUUAGAGUAACCACUUGGAUGGAUAGCAAAUCUAACUCUUCUACGUUUAUUAAGGCGCAAUAUAAUUCUUUAGAAUAAAAGCAAGAGUAAAUUGAGAGAUGGUGGAAUCUAUACUGGUAUGAUAAUUAACAACAUGGAUAAUGGACUUGGCAGGCUGGUCAUGACUAAUGAUGAUAUAUAUGAGGGCAGUUUUAUUAACAAUAAAUUAGAAGGAGAGGGGAAAUAUCUUUAUGCAAGAGGAACUACUUACACUGGCCAAUUCAAAUAAGGAAAGUCCUAUGGGCUGAGAAUUGAAGUGCGGCCUGAGGGUUCUGUUUAUGACGGGGAGUUUCUAAAUGGUAAAAAGGAUGGAAAAGGAUUUAUUAAUGGAGUUAAUAAAGUACGUACAAUGGAGAAUGGGCAGAUAACAUGA